AUGCAAGCUCCACGCAGAAAAGGCCGUGGCUGUCUAGGCAUCAAACCCAUGAGCUUCUUGCUGUGUGUGAGGAGAGCACUGUGCAGCCAGCGCCGCUCCCUGUGGAUGCUGCUCAUGCUUCUCACCGUGAUCUGCGUCGCCAUUCAGAUCCUGGGAGCUUUCCGCCAGGCCAGGAGCGACAAACCAAUUGGAGUCCUGAAUCUGAGGUUCAGUGCUGAAAGCCAGCAUUCACUCUCCACUGGGCACACCGCCUUGGAAACCCUCCACACUAAUCCGGCACUCGAGAUAAAGCAGGAAGUGAGGUCAUCGGGCAAGGAAGGACUGGCAGAACAUUACCACCGAAAUGUGUCGGAGAGAGGAGCGGAGGGAUCAGAGGAGUAUCCCAAGCCUUCAGAUGAUUUCUUUUCCAAACAUUUUGAUAAAACUUUCAACUUCAUAAACUCUCGGACAGCGGGAAUUAAAGUUUCACCUGGAAAGUUAGUUCAACCCAAAGACCCAGCGGUCAGAAACAAGCAGAGCCUGGCAAUUUCUAGUUUGCCUACACGAGUCAGUGCAGAUAGCAGGAGCCAUGACCUCCCUCAGUCCUACAGCAGCCAGCGAGGGCUGAUUUCAGUCGGCGAUCAGAGGAAGACGAACACAGCAACCCCACCUGGCUCGUCCGAGGUCCACCUCAGCGGCAUCCACGAGAGGAACGGCUCCUGCAAACCAAAGAGUCACAUCGUGUUCCUGAAGACACACAAAACAGCCAGCAGCACCAUCCUGAACAUCCUCUAUCGCUACGGUGACAGCAGGAACUUGACCUUUGCCCUCCCGCUGAACAAACACAGCCAGUUGUUUUAUCCAUUCUACUUCGCUUCCCACUUUGUGGAAGGUGUCAGCAGCAGAAGUGGAAAGCACUUCCACAUCAUGUGCAACCACAUGAGGUUUCGAAAAUCUGAGGUGGCUAAAGUGAUGCCUGAGGAUGCCUUCUACUUUUCAAUCCUGCGGCACCCUGUGGCCAUGAUGGAGUCUAUCUUCAUUUAUUACAAGAGCAUCCCAGCCUUCCACAAGGUCCGCAGCCUGGACGACUUCCUCAACAACGGCUGGCAAGGCUACAACUCGUCGCUGACCAACAACCACUACGCUCACAACAUCCUGGCCUUUGACUUCGGUUUUGACAACAGUGUGGUGGCCAGUGCUGAGGACCUGGAGGAGAGAGCCAGCAUGGCCAUUGCAGCCAUCGAACGGGACUUCCACCUCGUUCUUAUCUCUGAAUACUUUGAUGAGUCGAUGGUCUUGCUGAAGCACACCCUCUGCUGGUCCCUGGAUGACGUGGUCUCCUUUAAGCUCAACAGCCGCAGUGAACGGACUCGUCACCCACUCCUGCCAGACACUGCAGAGAAGAUUAAAGCUUGGAACGCCUUAGACUGGAGGCUCUACCUACACUUUAACGCCACCUUCUGGCACAAAGUGAAUACUCUGGUGGGCCAAGAGGAGAUGCAAAAGGAAGUGUCUCAGUUGAAGGAGCUACAAGCUCACCUGUCCAAAACCUGCCUGAAAGACGGCGGGGCAGUCGACCCUUCAAAGAUAAAGGACGCUGGGCUGAAGCCGUUCCAGUACGGAGCAGCGGUUAUCCAAGGCUAUAACUUAAACCCAGGGCUGGAUGAACCAACCAAAAAAAAAUGUCAGAACCUUAUCACUCCAGAGCUUCAGUACACAGACGCUCUGUACUCUCGGCAGUUCCCUGUACUUGCUGCUAAGCACAGAAAACAAACCAGAGUAGUUGCUUUACCUCACCAGUCGGGCUCUGCCAGAACUGGUGUGGUGAAACAGGUCAGGAGAAGGGAGGCCCAGUACAGAAGGACUGUAAGAAACAAAGACCCAAACAUGAAGAACCAAAAGGCCCCCACAAGUGCCCUCUCAACACACACACCAGUGAAAAUCAACAGAAGUAUGCCUUGA